UAAUUGAUAAUAAAUAGCGAUAGAAGUGCUUGCGAACGGCUGCGAAAAUGUCCCACUUUAGCAGCACACGCGUCAGCUCCUUCAACGAAUGCUUCCUUAACGAGAAUGAGCAGGACCCGAAUGCCGUGCUCAUGGAGCUCGACAAGGGACUACGCAGCGCCAAGCAGGGCAUUCAAUGCGAGUCCAUUGUACGCUUUCCGCGCCUCUUCGAGAAGUAUCCAUUUCCCAUUCUGAUAAACUCGUCGUUCAUCAAGUUGGCGGAGUUCUUCGUUAGUGGCUCAAAUCUGUUGCGCUUCUGGGUGCUCCGCGUCUGCCAGCAAAGCGAGAACCACCUGGACAAGAUCCUCAACAUCGACAACUUUGUGCGCCGCAUAUUUAUGGUGAUGCACUCGAACGAUCCGGUGGCACGUGCCCUGCUCCUGCGCACCCUGGGCGCCGUCUCCCGCGUGAUCCCCGAGAAGCAGCAAGUGCACCAUGCCAUACGUCGUGCGCUCGACAGCCACGACACCGUCGAGGUGGAGGCUGCCAUCUAUGCCAGCAGCUGUUUUGCCGCCCAGUCCAGCUCCUUCGCCAUCAGCAUGUGCGCCAAGAUCUCGGACAUGAUCGAGUCGCUGCAGGUGCCAGUGCCCAUGAAGCUGCUGCUCAUCCCAGUGCUGCGGCACAUGCACCACGAUGCCAAUACGGCCGCACUGGUCAACAAACUCUGCAUGGAUCUGCUGCCCAAGUAUCCGGCGCAGAGUUUUGUGGUGGCCAUCAUCGAUACCCUUACACAACUGUCCGCCCGCACCCUGGUUGGCGUGCCCGGCCAGCUCGAGGUGUUGCUGGACUUUAUGCAGGACUUGCGGACGCCGGUUCGCAUCCAGGUGCUGCGCUCCUUCAACGAACUGGCCGGCAAAAAGAGUGUCCACGCCUGGCCCAAGCCUGCCCUGGCAGCGCUGAUUGGCAAAUUCGAUGCCUGCAUCAACUCCCACGAGCAAUUUCUCUUCCUGUCGAUUCUCGCCAAGUUGAGCGAGUGUCCGCUCACGUGCCAGCAGCUUAUGCGCGAGCACCGGGUCGCCCUGCUCCGACUCUGCAUUCAGAGCAUGAGCAAGCUGGACGACUACACGACGGCCACUCAGGCCAUGGCGGUGCUCUCGGUGCUGGCAGCCUUUGGCACACAGCAGGAGAGCCAAGUGGAUGAUAUCCUGCAUACUGUAAGUCUACACAUCGAAGGCCUGCUCCUCUGCACGGCCAGGCGAGCCGACUGCCUGCGUCACUUGCGACGUGUGCUGGCCUACGGCAUAAGGAUUAGCCAGGCAAAUGCCGAAUUUGGAGCUUCAUUCAUUGAGAUUGUUAGCAAUACGCUGGGUGACAAUGUCGUCUAUCCACAAGCCAAUGCGGAGCUCAUAUGCGAGGCUCUGGUGCGUCUCUGUGAGCAUUUCCAGCUGCGUAAAUAUGCAUUUACCACCUCCGAGGGCCUCGAGGAAGGAGACGAUAAUGCCAUGGACACCGACGAGCCCCCACCACCAAAGGUCAAUCCCAUGCUAGCCAGAAUGCCGAUAAUCCUGCACAAGCUGAACAAGCUGAUCGACUCGGAGGAUGCGGAAAAACACUUGAGAACAAUUGAAAUCCUCAGUGUCCUGGUAUUUCAGACCACCAUGGGCUGUUAUCUGCCCCUGAAGGUUGUGCAGUGCUUCGAGAAGUGCCUGGACAAGCUCAAUUGCUGGACAUUGUACAAGAUAGCACGGAGCGCGAGUCGCUAUGGGCAUCACUAUGUGGCCGCGCACAUUUACACGAGCAUUUCCGAGAUCGUGAUAAAUGACCAAAUGCACUACUUCCUGGUGACACUCUCGCAGGUCUCGCAGGCAGAGUGCAUCCUCAACUAUGGCCUAGACUACGCGCACAUGAGAGACAACUAUGCGCCUACAGCGGCGCCAGAGCCGUUGAUACCGCUGAUGAAGCGGCUGGAGGCAGCCUGUAAUCUUUACCAGAUGGCUCGGGUCAGUCUGCGGGCCUGUUCCUCGAUCCAGUAUGCGAUCUCCUUUCCGCAGGAGUACCUCAAGAUCCGAGCGCAGUUCCUGCAGACGCUGCACUUGGCGGUGACCGUAAAGAAUGCCCAGGUUAUUGUCCCGCCGCCGGCAAUUGCUGGCAGCUUGGCCCAGAACUCGCGGGACUAUUUGCAAAAGUUUGGACACGUCACAAAUCAGCUGCGCAAGCUGGUCAAGUCGUUGAAGGCCUGCGAGGAGACGCAUGCCCGUCUGUAUAAGUCGUCCUUUGAUGCGGACAACGUGACACUGGAGUUCCUGGAGGUGGCCGAGUUCCAGUGUGCGCUCUUUGCGCACAUCAUUGAGUCGAUUUGUUAUGCCACGCCGCCGGAGCCACCGGUCUUUUUGACCACCGGCGAGCACCCGGAGACGCGGUUCUUUGCCGCCAGCUGCAGGCGCAUGGAGCUGAUGCACAAGAACCUGCCCGAGGAGCUGCCCAACGCGAAGACCAUCAGCAACCGUCAUCUGGACGUGAUUGUUGCCCAAAUCGAGAUAAUUACCAAGACGCCACUCUGCCUGCCGCGUUAUUUCUUCCAGAUUCUACAGUCCACGCAGAUCAAGCUGUCGGUCAGUCCACAGCCACGCAGCGCCACCGAGCCCGUCAACGUUCAGUCGGGUAGUAAUCUGGUGAUCAAGGUGGAGGGCGUCCUGCAACAGGCUGGCUCCAAGCAGGUCAAGCACUUCCGGCGUGUCGAGUCCGUGCAGUUGAGUCUUACGUCCCAGCUGGUAACGCCGCCACCACGUUCCGGCAACGAGCUACAGAAGCCCGGUACCAGUGACACCGUCACACUCAAUCAGAUCGUUAAGCCGCAACGCGACUUUCUCUCCGGCAGCUUUCUGCUGCCCAUAUCGAGCGGUGGUCACUUCCAGGUGACGCUGGAAACGUUCGUCGUCGACGAGCAUGGUACUAUUUGGUGUACUGGCCCCAAAUCCUCUAUGAUGGUCCGUGUCCUAGAGGAUCCCUCAAAACCUGCAGCGCCAACGCCCAGCACUUCGCAGGCAGUGGGUCAGGCGAGGAGGUUUUAGAUGUACAAUUAGGUUGAAAUAUUUGAUAUAAUUAAAAAGCUUAAUGCUUGAAAACCCCUUGACUUGCGGUUAACAAUAAGUAUCCAAUUAUUUAUUCA